AUGAAUCACUCAGUGGCCAAGAGCAAAAAGAAGCAAACACAGCAGCAGCAGCAGGAAACAAGUAGCUGUAGGUUUCUGGGUGUUCGACGGAGACCUUGGGGAAGAUAUGCAGCAGAAAUAAGAGACCCUUCAACCAAAGAGAGGCAUUGGCUGGGCACCUUUGACACUGCGGAAGAGGCCGCUCUCGCCUAUGAUAGAGCCGCCCGCUCCAUGCGUGGCUCUCGUGCUCGCACCAAUUUCAUCUACUCCGACAUGCCACCUGGUUCUUCCGUCACCUCCAUCAUCUCCCCGGACGACGUUGAGGCCAACUUCUCUUCACAACUUUUCCCCCCUCCCUGCCAGCAACCGGUCACUGCAAACCAACUGAUCAUGACACUACCGCCGGUACCACACAAUAUUAAUUCCACCACCACAACUACUACUACCACCCAUUCCCAUUUUUCAUCAGGCGGAUUAUUAUUCCAGCAGCCGGUGCUACUUCCUCAAGGCCAUGGAUGGCCUUCUUCCACUGAUCUAAUUUAUGAACAACAACAACAACAACAACAACAACCUCUCCUUGACAUUAAUAAUAUUAAUGCGUAUACUACUACUACUGGUGUAGACUACCACCAACUGUAUCAGUAUGAUGGGGUUUCCACGGAUCUCCCUACUCUGCCUUUGGACGCCUCCUCCGCUACUUGUAUUGGGUCGUCAAAUAUGCUUGAUUCGGUUUCUGGGUAUGAUCCGGCCGGUCAAAUGAUUUGGAACGAUCCAACAACGUCUCUCCUUGACUUUCCGGACACUACUACUACUACACCUAUUGCCACAGUAACAACUACAACCACCACCGCCGAUUUUGAACCGUCUGGUAGCGAAUGCUAUGUGGGAUUUGAUUCCAGCAAUUAUGUUCACAGCCCGCUUUUUGGUCAGAUGCCAUCAGUAUCCGGUACAGAUGGGUUUGAAGCUUUUGAUUUGGGUUCUUCCCGGUAUUUCUUUUGA